AUGGAGAUCGGCGCGGCUGCGGAAAAGAGAGCCGAUGCGGACAAAGAUGUCCUGAAGAUCAACAGCUUCGACGGUAGAGGUGCUCAUCGUGCUGGUGAUUCGAAGAUCAGCCAUCACGAAAAUCCCAAAGUAGCCAAAGAUACCAACGGUGGGAGGCAACUUGGCCGACGCCAGGCCGAUGGUUCGGCGCUCCAGAUGGGUAUGUUGGACAUUGGUACGCAUGGCGUCUUCGACACUAUGGUCGGAAACAAAUCACAGGCGAUGAAACUUGUCUGA